ACUGAGGCAAAAUUAACAAAAAUAUCGCACUAAAUAAUUGCAAAAGCGUUAGGUGGCAACUCUUUUAACAUAUCGAUUAUGACAGUGAAUAUACGGCCGACGAUAGUGCAAUCGAUUGUUUUCGCUGCGCUACCUUGAGUGACAGGCAGAGAAAUUGAGAGCUAAAGAGCAAGAAGAAGCAAGCACUUGAAACAACCAAACCAAAAUUUUAAGCAGAAACAUACAAACGGCCAGCCUGCAAUCGAAGCGCUAAACCUCAGAAGUGGAAGCUGUAGACGGACGACGCGAGCAAGCGCCAAGCAGGCCAACAAAUAUAGCAAAAUGAUUAAACUUUUCUCGCUGAAACAACAAAAAAAGGAUGGUGAUCAAACGGCACGCGGGGGCCAGCAAAAGAAGGCUUCAGCUGCACAAUUGCGCAUACAAAAAGAUAUUAACGAACUAAACCUGCCCAAAACUUGUGCAACGGAGUUUCCAGAUAGCGAUGAUUUGCUCAACUUCAAAUUGAUCAUUUCACCGGAUGAAGGUUUCUACAGAGACGGUCGCUUCGUAUUUAAUUUUCGCGUGGGCUCCAAUUAUCCGCACGAGCCGCCAAAAGUGAAGUGUGCCACGCAAGUAUAUCACCCCAACAUCGAUCUGGAGGGCAAUGUGUGUCUAAACAUAUUGCGCGAGGACUGGAACCCAGUGCUGACCAUCAAUUCCAUUGUCUAUGGCUUGCAGUUUCUAUUUUUGGAACCCAAUCCCGAGGAUCCGCUUAACAAGGAAGCCGCCGAUGUGCUGCAAAGCAAUCGACGUCAAUUUGAAUAUAAUGUAAAGAAGGCAAUGCGCGGGGGCAUCGUUGGCGAGACUUACUUUGAAUGCUGUCUCAAGUGAUAUAGGAAAUCAAAAGUCUUUAAUUUAAGUAACGGCAUCUGCCUGCUGCUGCUGCCUGCUCCAAUGUUUCAAUGAUGAUGAAUGCGCUUUUAUUAGUUCUAUACAAAAAACAACAAGCAGCGGGCAUGGAACAAAAACAAUAACAACAGGCAGAUUGGCCGCAACAGCAGUAACAACAACAGCAACAACAGCAACAACAACCGCAACAACAAAUUAUCGUAAUAAAACAACCACUGCGAACCGAAAA